CUAUCCAUGGUUGGUCUUCAUGCAAAAUUUCAGGUUUACAAGUACCUAACGUGAAAUGCAUCCAAGCCCCUAUUAUGGACUUUGUUUACAAUCAGAGAAAUGUUAAAAAAACACUGACCCACGGCGACGCCUUCCAAAUAUAUGGCGACCCUCUCAUGGCGCAUUCCGCGGAAAGCUUCAACGCCAUGUCAAACGCAACGACGAGAUCGGAUACCGGCAACAUCGGAAGGAGAUAACCCAGGUCGAGACCGGAGGAGAAUUCACAAAUGUUGUCGAAGGAGAAUCUUCUCAAAAUGUCUUGUAAGCCACCCAUACAACUAUUCUUCAAACAUGCCUCCAAACUCUUCCAUGCAUCCAAACAUGAACACAACCUGUUCGACCAUAUUCCCCACCCAAAUGCUGCCUCACUUAACCGCUCCAUGCUCAACCAUUUGCACACCCGUCUUCCCUUUCAAGCUCUUUCCGCAUUCAAGAACCACUUCCAAUUGCAUUCUCUUCAAAACGUUGAUGAGGUUUCCGUUGCCUUGUCCCUCAAGGCAUGUCAAGGUGAGUUCAAACUCGGCUGUCAGAUCCACGGAUUCGCGGUGUCCACUGGGUUUAUUUUGUCUGUAAUGGUGUCGAAUUCGCUCAUGAAAAUGUACUGCAAGUCUGGGAAUUUUGGGAAGGCCUUGCUUGUGUUUGAGAAUGUGAGUUAUCCUGACAUAGUGUCUUGGAAUACUGUGCUUUCGGGGUUUGAGGAGAGUGUGGAUGCCUUGAAUUUUGCACGUUCUAUGCAUUUACGUGGGAUACUUUUUGAUCCGGUGACAUACACCACUGCUCUUGCAUUUUGUUCGGGUGUUCAUGGGUUUUCAUUUGGGUGGCAAUUGCAUUCUCUUGUGAUUAAAUGUGGAUUUGGUUGUGAAGUUUUUAUAGGGAAUGCGCUUGUAACAAUGUACUCGAGGUGGGGGAUGUUAGAGGAGGCUAGGAGAGUGUUUGAUGAAAUGCCUCGAAGAGAUUUGGUUUCGUGGAAUGCGAUGAUUUCGGGGUAUGCUCAAGAGGGGGAAUGUUAUGGGCUGGAAGCGGUUUUAUUGUUUGUCAACAUGAUAAGACAAGGUAUGUUGCUUGACCAUGUUUCGCUUACAGGUGCAGUUUCAGCUUGUGGUUAUACAAAAAACUUAGAGCUAGGGAGGCAGAUACAUGGUUUGGCCCAAAAAGUGGGAUAUGGAACACAUGUUUCGGUUUGCAAUGUUUUGAUGUCAACUUAUUCAAAAUGUGAGGUGCCUAAAGAUGCAAAAGUUGUUUUUCAGCUCAUUAGUAAUCGGAAUGUUGUAUCUUGGACAACAAUGAUUUCUAUUGACGAAGAAGAUGCAAUGUCUCUCUUUAAUGCAAUGAGAAUGGAUGGUGUCUAUCCAAAUGAUGUUACAUUUAUAGGAUUAAUACAUGCUAUAACAAUCAGGAAUUUAGAGACAGAAGGUCUAUUGAUUCAUGGGUUAUGUAUAAAAAGCUGGUUUUUAUCAGAACAAAGUGUCUUCAAUAGCCUUAUUACCAUGUAUGCCAAGUUUGGGUGUGUUCAAGAAUCAUUGAAGAUUUUUGAGGAGCUCAACUAUCGAGAAACAAUAUCAUGGAAUGCAUUAAUUUCAGGGUAUGCUCAAAAUGGAUUGUAUAACGAAGCUUUCCUUACAUUUUUGUCUGCAGUAAAGGAGAUGAAGCCCAAUCAAUACACAUUUGGUAGUGUCUUAAAUGCUAUUGCUGCUGCUGAGGAUAUAUCAUUGAAACAUGGGCAACGUUGCCAUUCUCACUUGCUCAAACUUGGUUUAAGCACUGACCCAAUUGUUUCAGGGGCCCUUCUUGACAUGUAUGGCAAGCGUGGAGACAUAAUUGAGUCUCAAAGGGUGUUCAACGAAACACAUGAAAGAACCCAGUUUGCUUGGACAGCAAUAAUAUCCGCCUAUGCCCGCCAUGGAGACUACGAGUCAGUGAUGAGUUUGUAUACAGAAAUGGAGAGGGAAGGAAACAGUCCUGACUCCAUCACUUUUCUUUCUGUUUUGGCUGCAUGUUGUAGAAAGGGCAUGGUUGAUGCUGGCCAUCAAGUCUUUGACUCUAUGGUGAAAAAACAUUCAAUUGAGCCAACCGCUGAGCAUUAUUCUAUUAUGGUGGACAUGUUGGGCCGUGCCAGACGACUAGAUGAGGCUGAAGAGUUGAUGCACCAGAUUCCCGGAGGACCUGGAUUGUCGGUGUUGCAAAGUUUUCUUGGGUCUUGUAGAUUACAUGGGAAUAUGGAGAUGGCUGAGAAGGUUGUUGGUAGUUUGAUAGAAAUGGAUCCUGCAAGUUCAGGUCCAUAUGUAUUGAUGGCAAACUUAUAUGCUGAGAAAGGGAAGUGGGAGAAAGUUGCUGAAGUGCGAAGAGGGAUGAGAGGGAGGGGAGUAAAGAAGGAAGUGGGAUUUAGUUGGGUGGAUGUUGCUAAUGUUGAUUCCUUGUAUUUGCAUGGUUUCUCCUCUGGGGAUAAGUCACACCCAGAGUCUGAGAAUAUUUGUAGAAUGGCAGAUUUUCUGGGAUUGCAAAUGAGAUUUUUUAAAGAGAGCAAAGAAAGGGAUGGAGAGAGGUAUCAAUACCAUGAGUAACCAAUCAAAAACUUUCGUUAAAACAGGAGCCUUGAGGGUCUUGUUUGAUUUUUCUCAUUUUAAGAUGGUUCCUUUUAAGGAUAUUUUUAUCGAGGAAACAAAGCGUGAAAAUGAUUUUGAUGAUUUUUCAAUGAAUUCAGGAAUUUUUAAUGCAAUCUUUAUUUAAUCGUUUCUAUAUUUAAAUAAAAGUUUUUUGGAAAUAUAAUAUAAAAUUCAUAGAAGAUACUACCCUUUGUUCCGUUAGAAAACAAAAGCCACACUGAUGUUCAAUUAUCCUGGUAGCUAAAUUGUGAUUUGUCCUCCUACGUGUCUUCCUGCAAAAUUUCAGGUUUGUUGCAGUUGGUUAACAAGCACCUAAUGUGAAAUGCAUGCAAGCCCGUAA